AUGGAUCGCAUCAAGGAGAAAAUGACCCAGCUCCGUUUGGAGUCUGAGGAAUCUGCUGCCAAGGUCGAAGAGCUCCAGGCCAAGGUCAAGGCGCUCGAGCAGGAGAACCUCCAGAAGGAGCAGGAGAUCAUCUCCCUUACGCACAAGAACAGCGUUCUAGAGUCCGAGGUAGAGAAAUACGAAACUCAGGUCAAGGACCUCAAGAGCGCUGCCAGCGAAGGCGCGCAGCACGGAACCCAGAACGAAACGCUGACUCGGAGACUCCAACUUCUCGAGGAAGAGGCUGAGCAAGCAGAUAAGACUUUGCGCGAGGCCAACGAGAAGUUGCGACAGACCGACGUCAAGGCCGGACACUUCGAGCGGAAAGUCCAGGCUCUCGAGCAGGAGCGCGAUCAGUGGGAGUCCAAGUACGAGGAGAUGGCCAAGAAGUACGCCACCGUCCAGAAGGAGCUGGAGGACUUCCAAAACGAGAUUGGCAACAUCUAA